AUGUUCGGCAUAGCUUUGAAUGGUUUAUGGUCAGCAGCAGCGGUUUUAUUUAAUAAACCAGCAAGACAUAAUAAUCAGGUUGUUGUUGAACCACAACGAACAAAAUGGAAUAUGUUUAAAAAUCUCGUUUACAGUUCGUUCACAACUCUUAUGCCGACAAUAGGUGUCGAUAUAAUACGAUCUUUAACAGUGAAUACAGUUGCAUACGAAUAUGUAAAUACUGCUUUAUCGUUAGCUGGACUAUCACAGUCUCACCAUGGUCGUCAAGAUUCAUUAAAUCGCGUUAGCAAUAAUUCAAAACCAAAAGCAUUAAAAAGAAAUCAGAGUUCACGUUCAAUGUCCAAAAGAUAUCGUUCUCCUGUUCAAAUUGAUUUAUCCCACACUAUAAACCCAAUAAUAAAUGUUUAUAUUAACAAAAAAUCGGCUGAAGACACUUAA